GGCUAAGUUUUCAGUUCUAUUUUGUAGCCUGCACCUGCUGCUUUGGGUGUUUUGGCAGUUACGCGCCUUUGUCUUCAAUUGUCCACACAAGUUACUAAUUUUUCUAUACCUCAUAUACACCUUCAUUUGCAUAUUAUCAUUUGCAAAUGCCGACCUUUGCAGAGGAGCAGCUGGCAAAGUACGGGUGGAAGCAGGGCGAGGGUCUUGGGAAGGACAAAGCGGGCAUAACGCGAGCCAUCACCGUAUCACGCCGGACAGACAACAAGGGCAUCGGCAGCGAGUCGAACCAGUGGAAUAACAACUGGUGGGACAAUGUUUACAACAAAGCAGCAUCCGAGACUAACAAACCCAUCGCCGAGAACAAAGAGGAAGCUGAGUUCCAAGAAAAGAUUGCGCAGGCUGCCAAAGAGCAGGACACGCUAAGCGAGUACCAGGGAAUGUUUGUCAAAUCAGCCGCAUCAUCCAUGGUGGCCACGCCCGCCAGCGGUCUCUCGGGAGUGAGCACGCCUAAUGGGCCUGUGAAUCGUACACAGCUGGUGCGUAAUGGGAAUGUGCAAAUGGGUGUUAUGAUUUCAGAUGCUGAGCUGUUUGCUGCGUGUGAGGGGAGGAUGGCGAGGAAAGGAGCGAGAGCGGAUCAGAGCGGGAAACUUGCCAGGCUUGCUGGUGACAGCAUGCCAAGGCCCGAGGUGGUCGCUAGAAUCGAGGCGGCUCUGAGUGGCAGACUUGCAGAGCAGAUCGAGUUGGCCAAUCCCAAACGCAAGCGCAGCGAGAAGGACAAGAAAGAGAAAGAGAGAGAGAAAAAGGACAAGAAAGACAAGAAAGACAAGAAGAAGGAAAAGAGGGAAAAGUCCAAGGACAAGGAGUCCAAAAAGUCGAAGCACUCUGAAAAGUCAGGCUCUGAUGACAGCACCAAAGAGUCAAAGUCCAAGAAGCGCAAGACAAAAGACAUCAGGGACGAGGCAUAAAAUGGUCUGGUUUCUAUUUGAAUAUAAAUGCAUGUACUUUAAACAUACAAACGAAGCAAAAACAAAAUUUUCAGCGAGUACUGCG